AUGUUGCGCCAGUCGGGGCUAUGCCGCGCGCGCGUGCUUCUCGCCCAGGAGACCUCGCGGGCGGAGUGGUUGAACGUUGCUGCGAUCGCGUGCGCGGCAGCUGACCGCCUGCACAUUUCUGUCGACGGGUGGCCCAGCUUCAAGCACUUCAACAGGGGCCCCCAGCACUUCAUCGUGGCGGGGGUCGCGGGCCCCCUGUGGGUCACAUCCGACCCGAAUCUGUUGUCGAUCAUCAUUCGCCCUUACAGGGAUUUUAUCGUGGAUGUCGCCUGCAUCUGGCACGAUCGCCCUGCCCGCUUGUGCGACCUUGUCUUCACCUCCGAGCACAACGACAUCUGGUUCCACACUGCGGGCUGGGUUGCAACGUGGAAGGCAAUCGAGAGGGGUGCGCAGACAUAUUUGGGCUUGCCCCCGCACCGCCACCUUGCAUUCAUGGCGGCGCACCCGGGUUUGAACGCGCAGCGGGCCAGCAACGGCGAGCGCGUCGGCCCGCCCUUCGGGCUGCGGCCGUGA